CUUCAUCCAAAUCGACAAAAAGAUUUUAGCAUCUUUGUUUAAAGUUAGAGGUUUUCUUACUCCCUGGGGAACGCUCCGCAAGACGUAUGCAUAGAACAAAGAAUCCCCAGCUUAACCUAAUACAUUUCAUUAUCGGCGGUACCUGCAUGAACCGACCUUGCAGUACUGGGACCAGGGCAGAUGGGUGGCGGCCAGGUCAAGCACGGGAUGGCACGCCAUUUGUGCAUCCCCAAGAUCGAUAUUAGGCACAAACUGAGAGCAUCGUAGCCUCAAAAUUGAAAGACUAGAUAUAGUCAGGGGUUGACACAGUACUGAACAUGCUUAUCACACAAUAGCCUAUCGGUGCGCCACGAUCUGGGUUGGGUGGUGAAUAACGUAUCGACAACAGCAGCUGAGAUACUGGGCUAGACGAGC